ACGCAUUCAAGCGCCCAUACAGUGUAAACUGACAGAAGAAGAAUAUUUACAUAAUGUAGUAUUAGAACGACACUUUGUAAAUAUCACCGAUGUCGUCGACCUGACUAUAAUGUCAAGCGUAAAAUGGGGGACAAACUAGACGAAGGAAACUCGGUAUGGAUGUCCCGCUUGCCUGAGAAGUAUCUUGAUGUGUCGCUGUGGAACUUGGCCAUUCCCGGUAAACAAACCCUAAAAAUGCCAGCCGGAAGUUUGACAUUUCCCAACACACCGAGUCCGAGUCGCGGUUCCUCAAAGUUCUGGACAAGCUCGCUCCCUGUUGGACUCGGCCGUGUGUGUCCCGCUGGGCCACCACGCAGCAAGCUGUGCUCAGUCGCCAGUGUGACCUCGGUGUUCGCUUCUUGGAUCUGCGGAUUGCCAGAAAGCCAAAAGACCGCUGCGAUUUAUUCUUUGCCCAUGGGAUUUAUACAUGGAUUACUGUCAAGUGAUGAUGCCAUGUGUCAGCAGGAAGCGCUGGAUGAGCUGGCCACCUGGUUGGAUGCUCACCCCAGAGAGGUUGUUAUCAUUUGCUGCUCCCAUUUUGCUGAUCUGACUCUCAGUGACCACACACAGCUUGUAGAGUACCUCAUAUCGCUGUUUGGACCCAAGCUCUGCUCCUCACAGGAUAAUCCCACUUUGAGAUCCUGUUGGUCCACAGGGCAGCAGGUUAUUGUUUCCUAUGAAAACCAGGAGAUGGUGCAGUGUCAUCCUGAACUGUGGACUGGAAUCCCUUACUGGUAUGCUGAUAGCCCCGACCCCAACAAGGUGAUUGCCUACUUGGAGGCUCAGAAGCACAAAGGAAGACCAGCUGGAUUUUACAUCAGUGGCCUGAACCUCACCGAGCACGCGCCGUACAUCCUCUUCCAUCCUUUCCAGAGCAUGAGAAAGAUGACAACACAGGCGACCACCGUGCUGCUUGGCUGGGUGAGAGAACAACGUCCGGGACCUCAGGCGGACAGCGUGAACAUCAUCUGCUGCGACUUUGUGGAUGUCGCUCAGUUCUGUGACUAUGUGAUUGGCCUGAACUAUAAAGGCGGCGUGGACAGAGACAAGAAGACUGGACAAGACUUGGGCUCCAGUCCUCCGGUAAAAAAUGCUGACAGCAAACGAGCAUCUUGUCGAGUCCGCGAAGCGAAACUGCGAGCCAGUAGUAUCCACUCUUCCGUCUGUCCCAUUGCAGUGGCUUUAUAGCCGAAACAGGUGCAUCCCAUGAGGUGCAGUGUUAGCUGGCUCAUGCCAACUCAUUCUCUCGUUAGAACGCACAGAAAGGGAAAGAAAUACAUGUGCGUGUUUCACAUAAGGAUUGUGGAUGUGAAAAAACCUGCAGUUUUCCUUUGAGCAUGUACAACGGGAACUUAUUUCUUCUUCUUCUCCUGUGUGCUCGUGAACCACUGGUCCAGCAGCUUCUUGCUGUAGUAGAUCUGCCAGCCGUGCACUUGCACGGCAAUGACGAUUACCAGAUACAUGACCGACACGGCAGAGAAGCCAAAGAUGAAGCGGUAGGCUUUGCCGUGUCGGUAUAGCUGCUGAGCGAACGGGAACAUCUCCAUGCUACCAUAGAUGAGCGGCGCCACUGAGAAAAGCCCGGCGCUGAUCAUGGAGAUGACCAGGUAGCUGAUGUUGUUACGAGGCAAAGCCAGGAAGCAGAAGACGGUGGGGAUGACGCUGAGGAGGUACGGGUACUCCCACUGGUAUGGUGAGGCGAUAAACUUGUGAGACACCAGACUCAGCUGGCUCACUAUCACCUGACACAGAACAAGACAUGUAAGUAGGAGUACAACUACAACUUCUGUUGAAUGAGCUUCUACCUGAGCUGCCAUCAGCGCCCAGAUGAGCAUGUGGACAAUGUUGAGCUUGCGGAUUUCGGAUUUGAGGGCAACACUGCACACAAUGACACCGUGGGGAGAAGUAACGGAUGAACAAAUACCAUCAAUCAUUUCUACAUUUGGAAGGCAUAUUUACAACGCACCUCAUUUGGUAGUGCGAGGCGACACGCUCUCUGUGCUGAAAGUCGCUCCCAUCUGUGCCCGUCGCCCGCGGUCCCGCUCGGGAAGCCAUGCCUGAGUUCUGGAUGCAAAACAGUCUGGACUGUAGCGAUGUGGAUGUUCAACAUUGUGCCCUGCUGUCCAUUGGCAACCAGUCUGGGGUGCACCCUGCCUCUCACACAAAAUCAGCUGCGAUAGACUCCAGCUUACCCUUGACCCAAAUGAGGACAAGCGGUCCAUUUUGUUAUCAGUGCUCUGUUCAAAAGCAUUUGUCUCUAAUAAUAGGGGGUGUAUUAAUGCCUACCAAACAUGCAGGCACUAUAAACACUGAAAAGUAUAUGUUUUACAGCAACAUACCGCAUCUAUCUAAAACGGGGAGAUACUACACAGUUCUGGAAAACUGCCUGGUCCAGCCCAAACCAUUCAGAUUUAAAAAAUGACCUUGUUUACGUCUUCAUAUUUGACAUUUCACUCGUUUAAACUAAGAUCAGAUCUUCUACAGCAAUUCUACGUUUGUUGAUGUUACCGCCAUUCAAAAAGCACAUGUGCACAAUUACCACAUUCAAGUAGAGCUGGUUACCUUAUUGCAAGACUUGAAAUGGUAUAAAGACAGCCGCUAACAGGCUAAUGCAGCUGGCUAUGGCAGCUAGCUUCCAUCUUAGCAUGGAUGUUAAUGUGCUUUGAAAUAUAACUACAUGCUUACCACAUACUACGUAUACUUAAGAAUACAAAGCACUUACAUUUUAAAUGAAGGUGUUCAUAUAUUUCUCAGUGUUUGAAUACUUUGGCGGCUGCUGCUGCCUGCCCAACGCCACCGUCGUCAGUGUGCUAAAGUGAAAGGAUGGCAUUCCCCAACUCCGAUUGGCCAAACAGACUUCUUCGCCGUCGUCUGAUUGCGAGCUAGGUAGUAAUUAUCGCCAUCUUGUGGAUUGGAUGUUUAUUGCAGGCAACUCAACGUUAUCGGGUAUCAUCUGACUUCUCUCGGUGCGGUAAAGUGCUGGAAUUUUAAUUGUUACGUCUUUGCAGGUUUAAGAUUGUUUAAAUAGAAAUAACCAAAUCCCCCAUAUGUGAUUUACAAUAUAGUGUGUGUAGCGGAAUGAGGCAAGGCAGCUAUAUUUAUCCACUAAAUUACAUUUUAAACAGAAAAGGUUUAAAGGCUCCAGCAUAACAACAAAUGGGCUAUUGCUAUUACCCUUUAAUGCUUGGCAUCCCAUUCACAGUUUUCAUGAUGACAAUUCCAAAACUGGAGUACCUGCAAAUAACAUUGCACCUCUAGAAUUAUACACACAUUUAUGUUGCAGGAGUUUACAUUUUUUUGUUGUUCAAAAAAAAAAAAAAAAAACCACCACAAAUUUCUUUGGUAUGUGUUAGAUUUACCAUGCAAAGUCAACAUUCUGCAUUAUAAGUUGACACUGUGCAUUGACAAUAAAGUGUGUUUUCACCUACAAUAUGUAUAUUUUUACAUUUUUUAUGCUUCAUUUUUGGAGUGGCUUCACUCGUUUACAAACUAGUGCUGUCAAAGUUAACGGAAGUUUCCUUUAACGGCACUAUUUUUCUUGACGCGCGAUUAACGCUUUAUGUUAUUUAUUAUGUAUUGUGUAAAACUAUGACAGGAACAACAUCAAAUCAAAAGCACGAAAUGAAUAUAGAGCCACCAUCCACCAGUACCAGACUGGAAUUUGUCUUUCAGAGAGGUUGUGAACGAAACACAUUAGCACUCAAUAAGGUCAUCAAAUCCUUUACCUUUAUGCAUUCUCACAUAGUAUCGAAAUUUGGAAGCAAAUAUGAGGUGAAAGAAGAAGGGGAAAAUACAGUAUAGGAGUCUAUCUGUGCAACGUGCGAGAACGUAGUAGGUGCAUUCAAGGACCGUCAAACAGUGGGACAAAUGGCCUCUUGCAUUAAACAUUCAAAAGCUGAGGGAUUUCUAAUAUUGUAUUGUUUUUUGAAUAAAAUAAUGGCCCAUAUUUCCAAAAUUGAUAUCCCUUUACAUAAAAUUUGAUGUAGUUAUCGUAGUUGGGUUUCAAAUUGUUUACCACAAAGAUAUUUAUAUCCCUACGUAUUAUAGAUAAAAACAUAUUUGUAGCUGCAAUUAAAUGCACUUAACUGAGUUAACUAUGGACAAAAUGCAAUUAAUCACAAUUAAAUAUUUUAAUCGAUUGACAGCCCUAUUACAAACCCAAAGAUUAAAUGUGAUUAACUGAGUUAACUAUGGACAAAAUGUGAUUAUCACGAUUAAAUAUUUUAAUCGAUUGCCAGCCGUAUUACAAACCCAAAGAAUAAAUGCGACUAACAGGGUUAACUAUGGACAAAAUGCGAUUCAUCACGAUUAAACAUUUUAAUCGAUUGACAGCCCUAUUACAAAGCCAAAUAAUCAAAGGACCAGUCGUCAAAGAAUUUAUUUUUGACACAUUUGUUGAGUGUUUCAUUCAUAUUGGAAGCAAAAACAACAUACAAAUUGCACCACUGUUGGUCAAAUUAGUUAAGUUCUCCUGUACAUCAAGUGACAGGGCAGUGGUGACUUCCUUGCAUCCAACCGUGGGGUUGGUUGCUACUCAGUGAUUACAGGUGUCAAAGUGUUUGUGAAUGGUCUCUACAUGUGCUGUGAUUGACUGGUGAUUGAUCCAGGAUGGAGCCUAUCGCCCAAAGUCAGUUGAGAUACAAUGCAGCUUGAACAAAAAUUGCACAUUUUGGAGUGGCCUUUUAUUGUGGCCAGCCUAAGGCACACCUCUGUAAUAAUCAUGCUGCAAUUAUUCAUGCUUGAGCCCUAUAAACAACAUAGCAAUAGCAGUGUAAGAGCAAAAAGUGAACUUCAUGUGUACAUACAGAUGAAAUGAUUUUAAUGCAAUAUCAGUCAUGAUUUCCCACUGUUGCUGUAGCACAUCGGACAAACUUGAGUUGUACAUUUCCGGCUUUAAUAUGUUUUUAUUUAGACUGGGUACAGUAAGUAUCCAGAAAAUGUGGAGUGGACAUACUGACUAGCGUAAAGUCCUGCUGCCUGGUCAGAUGGAAGCUGAACAUGCACAGUGUCAGCCUGCUGUAGCGAGAGCACUGCGCUACCUGAUGCCUGAUCCAACAAGCCCUUGGUGCACUCAUCGUAAGUGUACAUGACGGGCUCAUUGUUCUUCAUCAGCGCCACCCACACAUUAUUUCCUUUGCAGUGGACGUGGUAAGCAAAAUAGUAAAUCCCUGGCACGCUACAGGUAAAAAGACCAUUUUGAGGAUUGUAGUCCUGAUUGGCAUUGUGUAGAACUUUGUCGAAAAUAACAGGAGAACCGACAGGAGGAAACGGAUCAGUGAGCUUCGCUGAGAAAGCCGGCUUUUCCAAAACAUUACCACCAAUGUAGGCACCAUUCUGCUUCCUGUACCCUUGUUUCUGGCCAUUGUAUGGACCUGAAACUGGCAGGGUCUGUCCAAGGUCAGGAUAUACAGAAGGAAGUCCUGGAGGACCAGGGGGUCCAGGUUGUCCUGGUUGUCCAGGAAGUCCGGGAGGCCCACUAGGGCCAGAGUUACCCUUAGGACCAACUUGUCCAGCUGGUCCAGGUAUUCCAUCCCCAGGAUAGCCAGGUACCCCAGGAGGGCCUGUUUCCCCUUUUUGACCAGGCAGCCCAGGAGGUCCAAUUGGUCCACCUGGUCCUGUAAGUCCUGGAAUCCCUUGUGGUCCCUUUUUCCCCUGAUCACCAGGUUGUCCACCCUCUCCUCUUGGUCCAGUUAAUCCUGCAGUACCAGGGGCACCAGAUAAUCCCCUACUACCAGCUUCCCCCUUGGGGCCAGUUGGUCCUUGAAGCCCUCUCAGUCCUGGUUGCCCCGCCUCGCCUCUCAACCCUGGCUGUCCCAUAAGGCCUGGUGGUCCUAAAUCCCCUUUUAAUCCUGGUUUUCCUUUUGGCCCACCAUCACCAUCUUCUCCCUUUUGCCCUGGGAAGCCAAUGCUACCUGCAGGACCCAUUGGGCCUGGUGGGCCAGGUCUACCACUAGAACCAGUAGGACCAAUGACACCUGGAAAGCCUUCAUGACCCUUAUCGCCUUUUGGGCCUGGAGACCCAGGAAGCCCACUGUGUCCCUUGUGACCUUUGGGUCCUGGAAAUCCUGGUUUGCCAUAACCAGGCAAACCUGGACUUCCUGGUAAUCCUGGAGAGCCAGCUUCACCUUUUCCACCAGGAAUUCCUGGUUGCCCUCUAAAGCCAUCCUUCCCUGGUUUUCCAAUUCCUGAUACACCCGGUAGCCCUGGUUGUCCUCUAUCACCAGGCGGUCCUUCUGGUCCUGGUUCACCACGAAGACCGGGUUUUCCUGGUAUUCCUGGCUGACCAGGAAGACCAUUUAUGCCAGGUUUUCCAAUCCCGGAGAUCCCAGCAUGUCCAGGUGGACCAGGUGGUCCACUAGGUCCUUUCAAUCCGGGUAAACCUGGUAUCCCAAGUCCUUUGUCUCCCUUCGGGCCUGGUGGGCCAGUAAGCCCAGGGGAACCUCUUUGACCUGGCUCUCCAUGAAGACCCGGUUGUCCCGGCAGGCCCUGACCUCCUGCCUUUGAAAUCCCGGGAAGGCCAGGUGGACCUGGAAGUCCUGGAGGACCAGGAAGUCCAUUUGGCCCUUCACCACCAUUGGGUCCUGGAUCACCCCGUGGCCCUGGCAAACCAGGUCCUCCCGGUUUUCCGGGCAAUCCUGGCAUUCCUGGUUUUCCGAUUCCUUGGUAGCCUUGAGGACCAGGAGGACCUGCCUUUCCUGGCAUUCCCUGCAUUCCCUGGCCUGGAAGCCCCGGUGGUCCUUGAGGUCCCGGUGGCCCUGGUGGGCCCAGUGGGCCUUCAACUCCCUGUAGUCCGACUCGAAUACUGUUCCCUUUCGAAACAGGAGGAGGCGGGCCUUUGGCUCCUCUGGGGAAUGUUUGCCCUGAAGAAACAGUGAACAUUUGGUAGUGAGAGGUGAGGAUUUAAUACUGAUAACAAAAAGUUAUGACCCUUAUUUUUUUAAAACUAUAAUAAUUCGGAUACCUUUGCUUUCAGUUAGUAGUCGCUCUUUGCCCAACUGAAACGGAAGCUGUGGGAGCUCCUGUCCGUACUGACCCAGUAAUGGCAUCUCAUUCCCUAUGAAGGGCUGUUGAGGAUGGCCAUCAUUGUACUGUGGCUGGGCCUGGUGUUGCUGAGGCAGUGUCUUGCUUCUGUAGAAUGCACCGCUGUGGGCCUGGUGGACCAAAGCAAUGAGCAGGUGGAUGUGAUGGAGGAGUAUAGACACCAUUUUCUACUGUGGAGAAGAAAAACAGAUGCAACUCGGAUGACAAAUUCAACUUUGACCAAGAAGUAGCUGAUGUGGACCAGUGGAGCCGUGUACUUGACACGUUUACUUACUUUCAGAUUGGCCAAGCAAAUAUCUUCACCUACUGUUUUGCCUUAAGUUAGCUUCCUUCUGUGGCUUGUCCCCAAGGCAUCAGUGGUGCGGUGGCCAUGUAUAGGCUGCGGUCAGGUAUCAGGUCUGCCAAAAUAGAAACAUCAGGUCCAUAAAUACUUGGUAGCUUCUUCGCUUUCAUGCUUCUUCACUGAGUAAAUAUGAAAAUGUUGUGCGAUGCAAUGUAAGUAAAUGAGUAAUACAAGUAAGUACAAAGUACAAAGUACAAAAAAUACAAAGUACAAAGUCACUUUGUACAAAGUACAAAGUACAAAAAAUACAAAGUACAAAGUCACCUCUCAUGGUGACAUCAGCAGAUGUGCGCAGGGUUCUGAACAAAACAAACCCACGAAAAGCAGCAGGCCCAGACAACAUCUCAGGCCGUGCACUUCGGGUUUGCUCAUCAGAGCUAGCUGAUGUGCUUGCUGACAUAUUUAACCUGUCGCUUGCACAAGCAUCUGUACCGACCUGCUUUAAGUCCACCACCAUAGUGCCCGUACCCAAGAAGAGCAACGUGACCUGCCUAAAUGACUAUCACCCAAUAGCACUCACUCCUAUUGUUAUGAAGUGCUUUGAAAGAAUAGUCAUGACCCACAUAUCGCCAGAACCGGUCCACGGAUGAUGCAGUCAACACUGCAAUCCACACAGCCCUUUCUCACCUACAGGACCAGGACACAUAUGUCAGAAUGCUAUUUAUAGACUAUAGCUCUGCUUUUAAUACAGUCAGCCCCCACAAACUCACAGAUAAGCUCCUCACACUUGGCCUGUCACCCUCCCUCUGUAACUGGGUGUUUAACUUUCUAACAGGCAGGCCCCAUUCGGAUAGAUUCCACAAUCGCACAUCCAGCUCAAGAAUUGUGAGCACUGGGACCCCACAGGGGUGUGUGCUGAGUCCGCUCCUCUACACGCUCUUCACCUACGAUUGCGUGGCCUCCCAGAACAACACCAGCAUCAUUAAAUUUGCGGAUGACUCUACAGUCAUCGGACUGAUCACUGGUGGUGUUGAAACAUCAUACAGAAGAGAGGUGGCGGACCUCAUAGCUUGGUGUCAUGAUAACAAUCUCCUUCUCAAUACAGAUAAGACUAAAGAGAUGAUCAUAGACCCAAGAACAAGGGAAAAGGAGCCGCAUAAACCCCUGUUCAUUGAUGAGACUGAGGUGGAGUGGGUGAAAACCUUCAAGUUCCUUGGCACACACAUCAGCGAGGACCUCACCUGGUCUCACAACACCUAACAAAUUCUGAAGAAGUCACAAAGGAGACUGUACUUCCUGAGAAGACUGAGGAAAUUUGGCAUGUCCACCACAAUCCUGAGUUGCUUCUACAGAUGCACUAUGGAAAGUGUCCUUACCGCCUCCAUCACUGUUUGGUACGGUAACUGUACAACACGUGAUAGGAAGGCACUCCAGCGGGUGAUCAAGACCUCACAGAACAUUGUUGGGGCAGCCCUCCCCUCACUGCAAGACAUUUAUAAAACUAGAGUCCUACGAAGAACACACAACCUCAUCAAGGACAGCACACAUCCACAACACUCAUUAUUCACACUCCUACCGUCAGGCAGACGCUACAGGAGUUUGAAGUCCAGGACCACAAGGCUGGCAAGCAGCUUUUACCCACAGGCCAUCAGGCUUCUCAACGAAGCACUCACACACGCCGCACGCAACACACGCACACACUCAUAGCACUUUAUUUAUUUAUUUAUUCAUUUAUUUGUAUUAUUUAUCUGUAUUAAUGUCUCUUCUGUUGUUGUUGCUUAAUUUAUUGGUAUAUAUGUUUCUUAUGACCCCGCCUGUCGCCCGAAGAACAGCUGGGAUACACUCCAGCAUGCCCCCGCGACCCUAAUAAGGAGAAGCGGUAUAGAAAAUGGAUGGAUGGAUAGAUGUUUCUUAUGUUCUUAUUCUUUUUCUUGUGUUUUCUUUCUUUUCUUGGGAGAAUGAACAGAGUAAGAAUUUCAUUGCAUAGUAUAACUGCUGUUUUACUAUGCAUAUGACAAUAAAACUCUUGAAUCUUGAAUCUUGAAAGUGCAUAUAACUUUAACUCUUACACACUAUCCAGGUCAAAUUUGACUCAUUUUGACAUUGCCAGCUGUGCAAAUACCCUAAAUGUUUUAGCCUGUAAUUUGAUGACUUUUCAAAAGUGAUCAGAAAUACACAAAAAUAAAAAUUAAGUUUUAAAUGUUAUAUAUUCUACAAAUUUGAUUGACAGAUUCAACAAAUUUC